UCCAAUUCAUAUUCCAUUCGAAACCAGGCAGCCAGUUGAAGAAAAACGCCAACAAGCAACAGCAUCCGAGAAAAUGUCACACAAUUUUGGGUCAAAAGGAGCUUUUGAUGGCUUUGGCAAGCAAUCACCAUAUUGCCAGAUUGGGAUUGGUGCGGGAACUGGUCUGGUCAUCGGAUACGUUUUCUUCAAGGCCAGUAAGUCCGUGGCCAUUGCAGCAGGAGCAUCGAUACUGAUUGUGCAGCUGGCAAUGGAAUCUGGAUUGGUGAAUUUCGAAGUCGAAACGAUCGUGAUGCACGGGCACCAACUCAAUCCAAAUAAUAUCCAUGUGAUGCCAAGCAUUGCCUCUUCACAUUCUUGGGAGGCGAUAAAAGAGCAGCUGACAAAGGCCCGUGAUUUUUUGGCUGGAAGUCAACGCUUGUGCGUUGCCAUGCUCGGGGGCUUCUUGGUGGGGUUUGGACUGGCCUAAGCAUAAUUUAAUAUUGUAUUUUUUUUUUUUAAUUGUUUAAAUUGAAGUAUAAACCAGGGAAAUGUAGGCAAAAUCCUCGAAAAUAUU